GUGUGAAUAGCUGGUUAGAUAGUGCCAUGGAUACACUAGACAAUCAUAAAAGUGUUUUUGUGACUGUAGAUAACAAACUUUGUGUUCGUAGUUUCUAUUUUGACGAAAAAUUUGUAUCGGAUAACAAAGUGGAAGCAUUAAAGAGACUGCAGGAGCCUCUCGAUCAGAGAAGUGAGAAGUCUAAAGAAGAAUUACUUGAUAAUUUCAUUUUUGAUGAUCCUGGGUUUGAAACUAAAGCCAAUAUAAAGAAACGAAAAAAACUUAUAAUUAGAAGCAAAAUUCCAAUUAGCCAAAUGCUAGAUGGUGGAGAACACAGUGCAUUGUUCAAGUGUAAAGAGUGCCAUAAAGAGUAUCCUACAAUGUACAAUCUAAAACGACAUUAUGUUAGAAUGCAUGCUCCUAAAACCAUGAAAUGCAAUGAAUGUAAGCGAACUUUUGGAUCACAAGCCAUUUUAAAUGAACAUAAGUAUGAAAGCCACGCUUGUGUAAUGUGCACAGAAUGUGGAAAAACAUACACAAACCGGAAAACAUUGGCACUCCAUGAGUUGAGCCACAAGCUGAGAAUAGCUUGUACAACCUGUAACAAAGUAUUUUGCCGAAAAAAGAACUAUCGAAUGCACAUUUUAUCCAAGACAUGUGGACAGAAACAGAGAAACAAAACAAAAAAUAUGUACAUUUGUGACUACUGCAGCAAAACAUAUGCCUGUAAACCUACAUUACGUGUUCAUAUUCAAUUUGAGCAUUGUGGUGGGCAGCAGCACAUCUGUACUUGGUGUUCAAAGAAGUUCAGCGCAUUGAGCAAACUGAAGGCUCAUUGUUUGACUCAUACUCAAGAAAAGAAUUUCAGCUGUGAUAUUUGUGGUGGGAAAUUUGUUAGUAAGGAGUCAUUAUUGUAUCACACUCGUAUACAUACUGGAGAUAAGCCAUUUCAGUGCGAUCAUUGUGAUCAACGGUUUUUAUCGUCUUCUCGUCGAGCCGAGCACAUUCGGCGUCAUCACACAGAACCACGGCUGGAGUGCGACAUAUGCCGCCACAAAUUUAAGACGCGAUCCUGUCUGAUGCGCCAUAAGAAACGCCAUUAUGAUCCUACAAGUAGAUUGCAUUAUACUCGAGUUACUCAAAAUGAAGAUUUGUAAUUACUCCAUAUUAUUAUGUCAUUCAUGAUUUAUGCCAACAUUAUGCAUGCAAAUAGAUAUGCUUAAUAUUUUAAUAGUGUAAAAAUUACAUCCUGUAAAAGUAAUUUACUAA